GGCUCACUUGUCGUUGCUCAGUGGGAGAUGCGCACCACUGUAGUUAUGGCUGCUCAGACAAUGUUUUGAUAAACACUUAAUGGUUUAUACCUUUCUCGUUGUAGGAAAGCCAUGAUUGACUUUUGAUGGAGUCAUAAAAGAUUUCUUUUAAACCAAGGACAAGAAGAUGUCAAGUUCAUUUGUGAAGGACUGUUCUGAUGUAUCGGCCCCUGGAAACACAUCUGGUAAAACGGUGAUUAUUAUAGUGAACAAUGAAACUGGAAAUGUGUCAUUAGAUGGUGAUGAAUUGCAAAAUUUACUUGCAAGUCAUGGAGCAGAUGGUUCUCAGGUCAGUGUAGUGCGAAUGGGAAGUGGUGGAGUAGAGAAUCUCAGCGAAGCAAAUAUUACUUCUUCAGUUACAACGACUGAUGGUACUCAACAUGUUAAUUUGACUGUGGAGGGGUACCCAGCUAUCCCGGUUGAAGGGCAAAUUGGAAAUACAGGAAACUAUGCAGAACUGCCUUUAGAUGCUGAUGCUUUUCGGCGGCUUGAGAGCGUUUUGGAAAGUGAGGAGGCACGAGAAAUACUAGGAGAGCCUCUUCUUGAUAUGGUCACCAAUCCAGAGCAACUUGGCACUCUUGAUGAGCUGAUGGACUCUUCAUUAUUUGAAGGAGAUACAGAAGAUGCACCUGUGUCUGGAGAUGUAUCUACAGAGAAUGAUGGGUCCCCAACAAGAGUCCCUCGCUCCCCCCCCAAACGUAGGUCUCAAAGGCAGAUGGACAAAGCAGAGAGAGAAGAGGUGAGUAUUUAUGGCUUCAUUGCAAAUGCAGUGUGAAUACUGAUUUACACA